AUGGGUCAUGGAUCCAACGAUAAGCUCUAUAUCACUCAUACCGAACACAGCGUUCUAGGAUCUCAUUCUGCCUCCUCGGGCUUCAAAGCUAAGCAGGAGGCACCACACCCUGGCGCAAGAACGCCAUUUGACUGCUGUGCUCUAUCAUUUCAGCCGUUCGAGAAUCCUGUGUGUGCUCGAAACUCAGAUGGAACGGGAAAUGUGUUUGAUCUCACCAAUAUCAUACCGUGGUUAAAGCAACACGACAACACCAAUCCAAUUACCAAGGAGCAAUUAACCCCUGCUGAUUUAAUUCAACUUCACUAUUCUCGAAAAGCGUCUGGAGAGAUCCAUGAUCCUAUAUCUUUCAAAUCUUUCAGUGUGCACUCACACAUAGUGGCUAUUGCUACAACUGGGAACGUGUUUCUUGCGGAGAGUAUAAAAGGCGGGAAAGAUCUUCUGAACGACGUUGCGUUUAAAAAGCAAGACGUCAUUACUUUACAAAACCCACAUGGUCUAGCACCCGCCUCCAUACCUUCCCAGCCUGCAUCGUCAUCCACCAAAAUCGCGAAAGCCGUCGUAAAACCUAGUACCACACGGGUCGCCGCUGUAAAAUCGAAGGAGGCUACGCCAUGGAAUAUCUCUCCUUACUCUAGUGGACUUCCUGGGGCUUCCCUUACAUCUACGUCUGUCGAUCCCAAUGUAGCUGGUGGGGCGGCAAGCAAGCUUGUUUGGGAUGAGGAAGAGUUGAUGUUCGAAGCCAUCUCGAAUCCACUAAAAGGCAAAGGAAAGGAGAAGGACGUUGGAAAACGUCGAGCGUAUGUUCGCGUGGUCACCAGUCUUGGAGGAGGCAGCCUCAAUUUGGAGCUGUUUUGCGAAAAAGCUCCCAAAACGUGCUACAACUUCUUGAUGCUAGCCAGGGAAGGGAAAUAUGACAACUGCUUAUUUCAUCGACUGAUUGCUGGGUUCAUGAUUCAAACUGGUGAUCCAACAGGGACGGGUUCAGGAGGGAAGUCUUAUUGGGAAACACCCUUUCGAGACGAAUACGAUCUCAAAGGUGCUGCUAAACAUGACAGUCGAGGGGUACUGGCAAUGGCGAACAAGGGUGCAAAUACGAAUGGGUCACAGUUCUAUAUAACGUUCAAGCCUGCGCCUCAUCUGGAUAAAAAACAUACGGUGUUCGGCAAACUCGUAGGGGGAGAGGAAGUUCUCACCGCACUCGAGAACUUGCCGCGAAAGGAGGGAACGGAGAGACCCGCGAAAUCUGUAAAGAUCACAGAGGUUAUAAUAUAUCAAGAUCCCUUUGAAGAGUAUAAAACUCGAUUAGCUGCAAAGCUAGCCAAACGUGCUGAGGGACCGAAAAUUGUGAAGCCAGAAAAGAAGGAAGGGGACAAUAUCAACUGGUUCGGUGUCAAAGUCGGUUCCGAGGCAACUGUGAAUGAUAAGAUCGUAGAUGGAGGAGUAGGGAAAUAUCUCAACCUCAAAAGACCUCAAGAUGUUUCAGACAUUCCAUCUGACGAGCCUUCAAAGAAACGAAAAUUAGGCUUUGGGAAUUUCGAGGGUUGGUAG